AGAAAGAAAUGUUUUAGAAAACCUAGAACAUUUGCUGAAAUUUACUCUGUCUCACACUUUUUUUGACUUGCUGGAUACGCAAAUUAACAACGAUUUUAUCAAUAAAUAUAGAGAAUACAUAGCAUUUUCAUCUGGCAUCUUCCAUCCUGUAAAAAAACAAAACAAAAAAUCCAUCUAGUAAAUUUCUGAGAGAAGUGCGUUUAUGAGGGAUACAGAGAUUUCAGCGGUAGCAGCUGCGGCUGCGAUUGUGGUGGUAACUGUGGUUGCGGUAUGGAUAUGGAAAGGUCUGAAUCUGGCUUGGCUUAGACCAAAGAAACAUGAGGCUUACCUAAAGAGACAAGGUCUCUCUGGAACUCCUUUCACCUUUCUUAUCGGAGACGCUAAAAAGGAAGCCAGUAUGGUGGAGCAAGCAAAGUCCAGACCCAUCAGUCUAGCCGACGAUUACACUUCACGUGUCAUACCUCUGAUAUUACAGACCGUUAAGGAUCAUGGUAAGCAACGAAAGACAUCUUACAUGUGGUUAGGACCUACAGCGAGUGUUAUCGUGACGAAACCAGAACACAUCAAAGAAGCUAACAGAUUCAACGAUUUCCCGAAGCCGCCAUUGCACCCACAGAUCAUCAUGAAAAGACAGAGAGCUAUGGAAGCAGGGAAGGCUCCAAAGAAUGAUCUGUUGGGAAUACUUUUGGAAUCGAACUCCGGAGAUCGGUGCAGGCUGUUUCACUUUGCGGCCCAAGAAACCACUGCGGAGCUGCUUGUGUGGACUAUGAUUAUGCUGAGCCAUCACCAGAAAUGGCAAGAUAAAGCUAGAGAUGAGAUCUUACAAGUCAUUGGGAAUAACAACAAACCCAACUUUGAUGCACUCUCGAAGCCCGAGAGAUUCGCAGAUGGGAUCUCAAAGACCACGAAGAACCAAGUCUCGUUUCUUCCGUUUGGAUGGGGACCAAGAUUCUGUCCAGGCCAGAAUUUCGCUCUCAUGGAAGCUAAGAUGGCUCUUGUCUUGAUUCUGCGGAGAUUCUCCUUCGAGCUGUCCCCAUCGUACACUCACGCACCUCACACGGUUCUUACACUUCAUCCUCAGUUUGGUGCCCCGUUGAUCCUCCACUUGCUCGUAGAUCAGUAAACUAAGUUUCCACAAGUUUUUUUUUUUUUUCUGUAUCAAGAUUCAAGUUUCAGUAGCAUAUAGUUCCCAAAUAAUAACGAGGAGAUCAAGUGAAUUCUACUACGAAAUUCUCAUGAAUUCUUCGCCCAUCAAGAAUAUAUAGCAUCUAAAUAUGUAAUAGUCUUUGCCAAAAAAAGAAAAAAAAAGUGUAGCUCUAUUAAGUCUCCUGGA